GGCGCCAUCUCCAGUUGUCUGCUAUCAUGUCGGAAUUAGAAAGGGAUGUCGCGUCGCUGUCAAGCGAUUUUGAAGAAGCCACCAUCGAUGAAGUGGUGGUAGACGAUGACCCAUAUUCGACAGACCCGCUACCACUUCAUCCUGCUCGUGAUAGAGGCGUACGACGAACCUUUCCGCACACCGGCUUCACAGGUCCACUUGGCAAUGACAGGUACCCACACUUCAACGAGCUUUGCGUUCAGAGAGAGCUGCUGGUAGUCUACACGCCUCGUGUUGCCGAUGCGAUCACCGGAUGCAGCUUCUGUAUUCAAGGGACAACAGAUGCCUGCUACUUACAUCAUAUUAGUCAUUGCAAGCUGGGCCCCAGAAACAGUAUCCAAAUUCCAGUGUGUGCUUUACACCUAAUCAGAGGACACUAUAGUCACAGUCAUAUUAUGGAUAUUAACAACAUCAGUACGUUUCAGGCAUAUGACCCUUCUUCGACAGCUGUGAACAGAACUUCAUUCAAGACCACCGCGAUGCUUCCCACAUGUCAGUGUGCGCAGUAGGAAGACAAAAUAUCUGGCACAGUUAUGCCACCUCAUAAGUAUCUACAUAUUCCUUCAAAAGCUUACAGAACAGAGGGUUGACAUACUUCCUCACAGGACUGACGCCGUAUCAGCGAACUGGUGUGGAUGCAAUUACAAAUAUGUGGCUAGGCUACCAAGGUGCCCACCUGUCAGUGUGUCAGCUACGGACGAAUUUUGCGGCUUAGGUGGCAGUUCUAAGAAGAAAUACAUGCCAACCCUGUGUUCUGUUGGAACUUUUGUCGGAAUCUGUAGAUACAUGUUGGGCUUAUUUGGUGGCAAAGAUAGAACACUGUAGCAAUAUUUUAUGCUCAAUUCUGUUGGCUAUUGUGUUAUCACCGGGUGUAAAAGAUCAAGGAAGGACCCACGGGAUACAACCACAUCUUACUACAUCCCCGCUAGCAAUCCUUCCCCUAUACCACGCAAAGCUGUUGAAAAACACUUAUUUUGGCAUGUAGAGUGAAAUGAACGAAUCUCACUCUCUAGGUUAGGGAAUGUACUCCGUACAUAAAAUACAAGCCAGGAAAGCGGCGUAGCUGAGACCUCCUGUUGGGUGCCACCACUGUUGGUGAAUAUUCCAGAGCUCUCAUGACCUCAGCAUUGUUGCAGGUCCUUCAAGACUUCUUCUGAAAAAAAUAAAAAAAAUAAAAACUGAUUUCAAUUA